UGCCCGCGCCCAACGGCCUAAGAAUUUGACGAAAUUUUUCGUGUGUGUUUCAGCUUCUCUCUCACCUACUAGUGAAAGUUUCGAUCAGUGAAUAAAAAAAUAAAUAAAUAAAUAAUUAGUUGAGAGUGUGUUUGUGCGAAGGAGGGUGCGAUCGAGCCCUGUGCUAGUGCGCGCGCGCGUGUGCCUAUCCGUUUGUUUGUUUACCGGUGAAAAAAAAGUGAGUGCAAGAUGCAUCAGAGAGGGCUGAUAUUCGCGUUGCUGCUCUGCGGCUUGGUCGGCUCGAUCCACGCCGAUCUCAUGAUGGAUCUCUACGUCAAGCUCAUGGACGACAGCAUGUUCCCGACCGACGCGAAACCCGCGCCGCGAUCCAGACGAUUCUGGAACCUGGACGAGAGCCCGAGUUUUCACUUCGAGGGUCCCCUGGACGGCCCCUUGAGGAUGAGAUCCAAGAGGAGCGCCGUCGAGAGUCCCUUCUUUCGCGUGGCCAAUCCGGUGAAACAGCAUUUGGAUGGAGUCAAUCGACGGAUAGUAGACAUCUACAAGAAGCCAGACUGGAUGGUCGAGAUGGAUCGGCAGUUUUACAACGAAAAGCCCCAACCGGUGCAGGUGAUCGCUCAGCUGCUGGGCGAACGAGCCGAGUCGGAGAUGGAGUCGAGGAUCCUGCUCGAUACCGAGAAAGAAAGAAAUAAAGAGGACGAUGCCACGAAGAACUUGAGCCUCGGCGAGAGGAGAAAAAGGUUUCGCAUGGCGAGAAAGAAGUACGACGUGUACCAAGAGUCGGAAAAGAAGCACUUCCGUAAGUCGCGACCGAGGCGAGACGUCGAGUACUCGAUCAAGCGAGAAAAGAAGAUAGCCGCGCUCGAGGCUCGCCACGGCCAGAAGGAGACCGUCGAAGAUGCCCACGGUAGUAGUAGCGACGGGCACAACGAGACCUACGCGCGCGAGCUCAAGAAGGGCCUCAGGGCGAUGCCGAAUAUGCGGCCAAAACGUCAGGCUGAGACAAACAGCAGCAGCAGCAGCAGCAGCAGCGAUGGUGGCGCGGAACACGAACAGAAGCACCAUCACCACCACAACAAUCACCAGCAGCACCGGCGAGUCUUCACGAGGCGCGAGAGGCUCGACGACAACGGCGACGUUAUCCUCGAGUGGGACCCGAUCGAGCCCGAGAACGUCACGUUCAGAUUGACCGCCCGCACGCUGGGCUACGUCGGGCUGGGCUUCAACGACAAGAGCAACAUGCUCGGCGCCGACAUCGUCAUCGCCUGGGUCGACGAUCAGACCCAUCAGGCCAUGAUUCUGGAUUCUCACGGUUCCUUGGACGACAACCGUGCCCCGGAGACCGACGCUUCUCAGGACGUCUAUCUGCUGCACGGCUGGCAAAACGACACGCACACCAGCGUGACUUUCACGAGGCCCUGGCACCUGUGCGAUCCGGACAAUAAAAUACUCACGGCCGAUACGAUUCGAGUCCUGUGGGCCCUGCAUCCAACCGAUCCGGAACUGAAUCAGCCGGCCUUCCACGGCGACAGACGCGGCAGUCGGGCUUUGAGGCUCAAGGCGUCGGCGCCUCACGGACCUCCCACGGAGAGCAUUCCCGACCUCAUCAAGUGGGAUGUCAAGCUCAAUCAGUUCACCGUGUCGAAUCACUCGGACACCGUUUACUGGUGUAAAAUUUUCAAAGCGCCGAAGCUUCACCGAAAACACCAUAUGAUUGGGUUCACGCCGCUGGUGCAAAAGUCGAACGAGAAGUACGUGCACCACGUGCUGCUGUACGAGUGCAGCUCGCAGAACUCGAUCCUGGCGGAGCACGCGCGAAUCGCCGGCGCCCACUGCUACAGCCCGACGAUGCCCAAGGAGUGGGACACCUGUCUGCAGCCGGUGCUCACCUGGAUCAGGGGCAGCCAGGGCGAGUGGCUGCCGCGUCACGUGGGUCUGCCCAUAGCCGAGCACCUCGAGAACUCGUACUACAUGCUCGAGGUGCACUACAGCAAUCGCGACGGUCGGCGCGUGGUCGACAGCAGCGGAGUGCGCCUCUACCUGACGCCCGAUCUGCGCCCCAUGGAGGCGGGCAUCCUCGUGGCGGGCGUCGCCGUGUCGCCCAUGCACAUGGUGCCGCCCCAGCAGAGGGAGUACGCCACGGCGGGCUACUGCACGCCCCAGUGCACCGAGAAGAUGUUCGACGAGGCCGGCAUCAACGUCGUCUCGGUGGUGCUGCACUCGCAUCACGCCGGCAAGCGCAUGAGUCUGCGCCACGUCAGGCGGGGCCGCGAGCUCGAGCCCAUCGUCCAGGAUCGCAGCUUCGACUUCGAGUACCAGCAGACCUACACGCUGGCGCGCGAGGCCAAGAUCCUGCCCGGCGACGAGCUCGUCGCCGAGUGCGUCUACGACACCCGGGGCCGCGCCCGGCCCACCUUCGGCGGCUACGCGGCCACCCAGGAGAUGUGUCUGGCCUUCGUCAUGCACUAUCCGCGCACUCCCCUCGCCGCCUGCUACAGCAUGACCCCGGUCAAGGAGUUCUUCAACGCGCUGAACGUGCAGAGCUUCAGGGGCGUCACGAUGGAGCAGGUGGAGAGGCUGUUCGUGGCCACGACGGCCGACACCGUGGCCCUGCCCAAGUCGCCGAAUCAUCACUCGCCGUCGGCCUUCCCCGGAGAGCUGGAGAACGACGCGGCGGCGGGCCGCGAGGCGGACAGCGGCGACGACGACCUACUCGUCAAGCAGACCAAGUCGGCGAUACUGAGCAAGGGCGAUUACGUCGAUUACGACGACAUAUUUUCCAGGCUCGUCAUCGAGAAGCCGGACGAGUUCAAAGAUCACACUUUGUCGGAUCACAUGCAGGCCCUCGCUUGGAACGAUACGUCCCUGUCCAAGUCCAUCGAGAGGAGCUUGUACCACGGCAGGCACGUGACGUUCUGCAGGACCAGAAACGACAAGUAUCCAUUGGCUGCGUCGAUACAGAUGUUCCCCAAUUUCACGGUGUUACCGCCGGUCAACGAGACGAUCUGCGCCGAACGGCUCUCGGCUCGCGGACUGGCCACCAAUUCUCUCGCGACGUCGUACGCAACGAUCUUCGCAGCAUUUUUCGUCCUGUGCCUCGAUUCUUUGAGGCACUUCUGA